AAUUGACAGAAAUGACUAUGAAAGGAUUCAUAGAUAAAUACUUUUCCACAAAUCCUCCCAAUAAAUGGAGUCUUGAGUCUUUUAUUUUAGAACAUGACGGACCAGAAUACGUUAAGAAGGACUGUUUAUACUUCUAUAAAGAAGACUUACAGAAUAUCUGCAAGUCGUCUGAAUUUGACAAUGCGGGAAAGCUUAUGACGAAAAGGUUGAUUGAAACUUACAAAAAGGAUAAAAAGUAA